AUGAAGCUGAACGUAUUCCACUUUUUGGUGUUCUCCGGAAUCGGAGGUGCUUUGGGCCAUUGGCCAUUGUUACCACAAUAUUUCGCAAACGCUAUGAGAGGCUGUGGUGGGGUAGUACAAGGAAUUGGAGGUGCUCCGCAAGGCGCAGUUCAAGCUCAAAGCGGAAGCUACGGCCUGGGAUCUGGAUGCGCAAGUGGUGCGUCAGCAGCAGGAGCAACAUCACAAGCUUCAUUAGUAGACCAAGCUGGUAGUCAAUUUUCAGGAUAUGGAAUCAACGGCGCAGGAGGUGGAUACUACUAUGGUGGACCUGGUGCCAACGCGCAAGCAGCACAGAAUGCAAACACACAUAGAUUAAUUUUAGCUGGUGGUCCUGGUGGUCCUGGUGGUCCUGGUGGUCCUGGUGGUCGAGGAUUAUACUAUGGUCAAAGUGGUGUCACUGGACUAUCAGCAUUAGAGGCCUUAAAAGCACGUAGAUUAAUGGCAGCUCGUUGUAAGGGUGGACCUAGAAGACACGGCGUGAGACCAGGAUUUUACUAUCCUAGAAUUGAUGCCAAUGGACAAGCAGCAGGAAAAGCAGCAGGAAAAGCAGAAGACCAAACUGGUGGUUCAGGUCAAGCAAGAGGUGUAUCAGUAAAUAUAAAAAACCAGGCUAUAAGUAAUGGGCAAGGAAGUGCAAGCGGAGAUAAAGGAAACAACGGAGCAAAAUCCGAUGCAUCAGCCAAUGCUGAAGGUAAGAAUAGUUAUCAAGGAUCCGGAAAAGGAGAUGCAGAUUCUAAAGCAGAGGACAAGGAUAAAGGAGAUAAAGGAGAAAAUAAAACUGGAGAUAAAGAAGGUGACGGAGCAAAGGCAAACGCAUACGCUGAUGCUAAAUCUGAUACCAGUGGGAAAGGAGAUAAAGAAGCUAACGUAGAUGAAAACGAUAAAGGAGAUAAGGGAGAUAAAGGAGAUAAAGGAGAAAAUAAAAACGGAGAGAAGGCAGGUGACGGAGCAAACGCAUCCGCUGAUGCUAAAUCUGAUGCUUAUGGACAGGGGGACAAAAAAGGAGAUGGAAAAGCUAAAGGAGGUGGAAAUGAUAAAGGAGAUAAAGGAGGAAAUAAAAACGGAGAUAAAGCAGGUGAUGGAGCAAACGCAUCCGCUGAUGCUAAAUCUGAUGCUAACGAACAAGGAGACAAAAAAGGACAUGGAAAAGAUAAAGGACAUAAGGGAGAAAAUAAAAACGGAGAUAUCGCAGGUGACGGAGCAAACGCAUCCGCUGAUGCUAAAUCUGAUGCUAAUAGACAAGGAGACAAAAAAGGAGAUGGAAAAGAUAAAGGAGGUGGAAAUGAUAAAGGAGAUAAAGGAGAAAAUAAAAACGGAGAUAAAGCAGGUGACGGAGCAAACGCAUCCGCUGAUGCUAAAUCUGAUUCGAAUGGACAAGGAGACAAAAAAGGAUAUGGGAAAAAUAAAGGAGAUAAAGAAGAAAAUAAAAACGGAGAUAAAGCAGGUGACGGAGCAAACGCAUCCGCUGAUGCUAAAUCUGAUGCGGAUGGACAAGGAGACAAACAAGGAGAUGGAAAAGAUAAAGGAGAUAAUGGAGAUAAAGGAGAUAAAGGAGAUAAAGGAGAUAAAGGAGAUAAAGGAGAUAAAGGAGAUAAAGGAGAAAGUAAAAACGGAGAUAAAGCAGGUAACGGAGCAAACGCAUCCGCUGAUGCUAAGUCUGAUGCUAAUGGACAAGGAGACAAAAAAGUAGAUGGAAAAGAUAAAGUAGGGGGAAAUGAUAAAGGAGAUAAAAAAGAAAGUAAAUCUGGAGAUAAAGCAGGUGACGGAGCAAAUGCAAAUGCAUCUGCCGAUGCUAAAUCUGAUGCCAAUGGAAAAGGAGAUUCAGAAUUUAAAGCAGACGGAAAAGAUAAAGGAGAGGGAAAUGAUAAAGGAGAUAAAGAAGGAAAUAAAAAUGGAGACAAAGCAGGUAAUGGAACAAAUGCAAACGCAUCCGCCGAUGCUAAAUCUGAUGCUAAUGGACAAGGAGACAAAGAAGAGGACGGAAAAGAUAAUGAAGAUAAAGGAGAAAAUAAAAAUGGAGGUAAAGCAGGUAAUGGAUCUAGUGCAAACGCAUCGGCCGAUGCUAAAUCUGAUGCCAAUGGGAAAGGAGAUGCAGAUUCCAAAGGAGAUAAAGGAGAAAAUUCAAGCGGAGGUAAAUCAGGUGACGGAGCAAGCGCAAGCGGAUCCGCCAAUGCUCAAGCUAAUGCCAGUGGGCAAGCAACCGCUUAA